CUUCGCUCUUGUUGUGGUCUCCGACGACGUGGAGGGAUCUAUUUAUAUAUCUACUUCGAUUUUAUUUUGGAACCAUACAUAUUCUACUCGCGACUGAGCAUAUAUAUGCUUGCUCAUUGGCACUUAUUGUCAGGCUGGUGGAACACACGGUUGGUUCUUCAACCAAAAAGGUUUCUUUGCACAACACAACUCUUGUGGAACGCCGGCUGAGAUAGGAAUAUAGAUGCUACAAUUGCACCUACUACACGAAAUAUAUUAAUACAACCGAGGAUAAAUAGAAGUCGGUGACCAUUAUGUAAUGCAACAGUUGCUGCUCCAGCAUCUAUAAUACCAACAAAGACGCGCCGAAGACCGCAGAUCACCAUGGACAUGUUGGUGUUUCUAACGGCAGCGGCCCAUCUGGUCUACACACCCUUCACGAAGGUGGAGGAGAGCUUUAAUCUGCAGGCCAUGCACGAUAUUCUCUACCUGCGCAACAACUUCACAGAGUACGAUCACCAUGAGUAUCCCGGGGUGGUGCCUCGUACCUUCAUCGGACCUCUGGUGGUGUCCAUGCUAUCCGCGCCGUUUGUGCUGCUCUUCGAGACACUGAAUGUGAAUAAGUUCUGGGCACAAUAUGUAGUGCGCCUUGUCCUGGCCGGAGCCAUAUCUGUGGCGUGGACAAAUCUGCGACAAGCCGUGACCAGGAUAUAUGGCGUAGAGGUGCGGCUGUGGUUCACCGCCAUUACCAUUACGCAGUUCCAUUUCAUGUUCUACAUGACUCGACCAUUGCCAAACAUGUUUGCCCUACCAAUAGUGCUCUAUGCUAUUGCCUAUUGGCUGCGCGACCAACACAAGCCGUUCAUCGUCUGCUCUGGCGUCGCCAUCAUCGUUUUUCGUUCCGAGUUGGCACUAUUUUUGGGUUUUCUACUGGCGAUGAGCUUGCUGCAGCGCAAAUUCUCCAUUGACGGGAUGCUGAAGAUUGCUCUGCCGGCAGGUCUUUGCAUUUUGGCGGCCACCGUGCUGGUGGACUCAUUCUUUUGGCGCCGCCUGCUGUGGCCCGAGGGCGAGGUUCUUUGGUACAAUACUAUUCUCAAUAAGAGUUCAAACUGGGGCACGUCACCCUUCCUUUGGUACUUCUACUCGGCUCUGCCCCGGGCUAUGGGUGCGUCCUUGGUGUUUGUGCCUAUCGGCAUUGCCCUGGAACCACGCAUUCGACCAUUGGCUCUGUCAGCUCUAACCUUUGUGCUGCUGUACUCCAUAUUGCCCCACAAGGAGCUGCGCUUUAUCAUUUAUGUUUUUCCAGUGCUCAAUAUUACGGCAGCCUGCGCCUGCCAGCGCAUUUGGAUGAACAGCGCCAAGUCGACGUGGCAUAGCUUUCUGGCACUAGCCUCUGCAGCUCACAUCCUGUUGAAUGUCGGCAUGACGGUGUUCUUACUUAUCAUAUCGGGCACCAACUACCCGGGUGGAGCGGCCCUUUCCCGCUUGCAUCGCUUGGAAGCUGGAGCUUCGAAUGUCUCCGUUCACAUUGCCAACUUGGCCGCCCAAAGUGGAGUUUCUCGGUUUAUGGAAAUCCGCAAUGAGUGGAACUACAGCAAAGACGAGUCAAUGAAUUACACUCAACCAGAGCUAGAAGGAUUUACCCAUCUCUUAAUUGAGGCCAAGAAUAAGCAGAAUACAGAGUUGUGGUCAUCGCUCCAAGAAGAGUUUGAUACCUUGGAGUUUGUUGACUGCUUUAACAGUAUCGGUAUUCAGUACAACUCUCUGCUUCCUGUGAGAAUCAAAACGAAGCCUUGCAUUGGCAUACUAAAGAAGCGGCUAGCGCCACCCAAAGAAAAAUCGAAAGUUAAAGAAAAGAAUGUAAAAACUGCUGUGCCCGUAGUUGAGGAGAAGCCCAAAGUAAAGGAAAAGAAGGUGAUAUCCACUCCAGAACCCAAAGUGGACGAAGUAUCUCCCAUAACCCCAUCGGUGAAAAAAACUCCAAAGGAAAGAGAGAAACCGAAGAGCAAACAAAGCUUACAAAUGGAUUUCGACGAUGACGAUGGCAUCGUGGCCACUGUGGAGGAGGUGUCCCUAGAACUGGACUACAUUGAAUCCGAACAAGAGGCAGAGCCGGAACCAGAACCAGAAAACGUCGGGACGCCAACCAAGGAGAUAAACUUCCAGGAGCUUCGGAAUCUCGCCAUGGGACAAACGACUAAGAAAUCGAGAGCAGCUACCAAGCUGAAAAUACGUAAGAUCAUCGAGCAGCACUACCGGGCCAAGGGAAAGCAAAUCGAAAACGAUUUAGCUGAGCAGGCUCCAAAGGCCUCCCAGGGUGUCACUGGCGGGAGUGCAGGGGUAAGACAGUCCGUGAAGUCUAUCAUUAAGCAGGAGAAGAUCAAGGAAAUGAUUGAGCAGAUUGCCACCAUGGACCUGACGCGCAUAUGUGAUCUGGAAAAGACAUCAACGAAGGACUGUUUAAAACAGGUGAUUGACAAAAUAGACGAUAGCGAGAUUGUAAAAACCAAAUAGCAAAAAUUGUCAUCAUUUAAACUGUUUUUAAUUUAAGAGUUUGUAAAAAAAAAUAAUA